AUGUCUGCGACAACCGAUGAUGGGUCUCCGGAAACUCUUGCUGAGGUCGGCUUCAAGGUCGUCCAACUCUUCGAGAAGGUGACAAGAGACUGGCCGGGCAUGGAAGAUCACAAGGGUCUGGACUACGAGAGAGUGGACAAUGAACAGGACCGAUUCAACCUGUGGGCUGUCCACCUCGGCCUUCACCAGCGGGGCCAUGCCUCUCUGGAUUAUCGGUUUCGAGAUGCUCGAAAUCUGUACGAGUAUGCGAGAAAAUUGCUGGUUGACCUUCUGCAUGCUUUGGCCGGUAGUAAGUAUCCUCUCGGCCUCGCCAUCUAUCAGAUUGAUCUGUUUUCCACUAACCAUUUAUUGUUGGAAGUCAACGAUGACAUCUUCAAGCGAGCCGGCUCUCUAGAAAAUGGAAGCCACCCAACAGAAGACGUGGACAAUGUGAAAUCCGACGACGACGACGACGACGAUGAUGAUUCCGAUGAUGACUCUUGGGACGGCUUUGACGACGAGACUCUUGCCCAAGCGGCGUUCAAGUCCGUGGUCGACUCGAUUGACAGGCUAUUCAAACUCGCCAUGAAAGUCCGAGAUCCGGCAACACGAACCGGCUUUUCCAGGGGCUAUCAAUACGAGCAGGUGGACUCAGAGUCAGGCGUCGGCCUCUUCGAGUCGUUCCAAACCCAGCACAUAGAUGAGCAGCACAUCCACGAUCUCUUACGAUCGUAUCCCUAUCCCUCUAAGCCAGACGACAAAGGCAAACAAAUCGACAAAUACAAUUCAUACUUGGUGAAACGCUUGGCAGAAGCAAACAACAAACGACGCCGGCUAUUCGCGUACUGGAGGCAUCAUAAACUCAAUCAGGUCCGACAUGCCGAAACCGUGAAGGAGAGGAUGAUGCGGCAAGUCCAGCUGGGUGAAGGUGUCGCCGUGAUGCCGCCCUCGACGUCUGCACGCUCCAAACCGACCACAGCAACUCACCGGGAUUACAGCAAGAUCAACAUCGAUGAUACAAGAUCCGAUUCUCCACCGUGA